AUGGCACAGGAAGACGAACUGGAAGAUGAAUGUUGGGUGACAGUGGUUGUUUUGAACCGACAUCAGGUUGAGAAGAAAUGCCUUCUCGUUAGAGACGAUCAGGAGAAAUGUGAGUGGUGGUUGCCUCAUGAGAAGCUGACUGUGGAAUCGACAAGUUUUGUCAAAACUGCGGAUGCGUUAUUACAGGACCUAAAGAUUCCGGCCACAUUGGAAAGCUUGUUGAAGGUCACAUUCUCCGUGGUGAAUAAACCAGACUUUCAAAGGGAGCAAAGAAAGAAAAGGGUCUUUGUUAUAAGUCUUCUGGCUUCACUUGAAAAUGCAGACAGUGGAGAAGCUGCUCCAAAGUCUCCUCCCGAUGAUGCGCCAUGUGGGCAGAGAUGGGUGACCUUAGAGGAAGUGAAAAGCUUGGCAAUGUCUGGUGACCUCCAAGGAAGAGAACCCGUUGAACUCAUGGAGGCCAUAGAGAAAGGAAAGGAAUACCCAUUGUCAUUGCUCAAUGAAAGGAGCUUACUUCAGCUUUCUUAUGGUAAAGAGAGUGGUACACACCAUCAUUCUGGGACAAAGUCUGCAUUCAAGCACAUGCUAGAAGCUGUCAAGUUUGGCCCAGAAGAGCAGAGCUACCUUCUUGCUGUAUAUUGGGAGCGGUGUUCCCCUUGCCAGACGAUGAGCCAAGCUGUCUUCACAGAGUAUAUGUGUGAGAAGGGACUUCCAUCAGCCUCAUGUCCACAUCUGUUCAGGGCUUUUGAUUCUAAGAGACAAGGGUACCUUGACCCAGAGGACUUCAUCAACGGUCUUGCGGCUAUGCAACCCUCGGCGCCUCAUGGAGGUCUUCCUGCAGAAUUAAGAUGUCGCUAUAUCUUCAGAUACUAUGACCAAAACAAGGAUGGAAAGAUGGAGUUCUCAGGUUUCAAACAAAUGGUUUCUGAUAUAAGAAAAAUCAAAGGUCAGCCCAUUGACCCUAAGACGCUCCAGAAAGAAGCAGAGACUCUCGCAAAAGUUUUUGGGAGCGAGUGUAAAGUUUCACUCACCCUGAUGGACUUCUUGAAUGCUGUAGGCCAGCUCAAGUUUCGCGGAACUUCAGCCCUGUUCCGACUUCCUCAGUCAAGUAUACCAGAUAAGUGGGGCAAUGCAAAUGAUGAGUCUCCUGAAUCUGGUGAGGAGUGUAGCAGUGAAAAGAGUCAAUCAACAAAGAGACAAAAGAGAACCCACAGUGUUACCAUGAGGUUUGGUAGCCAGCCAAGUGAUUCUUGUACAUCUGGUGAAAGUGAGAGCGAUUCUGUUGCUGCCAUCUUCAAAUCUCCAGAGAUCAAAAGGUCAAUAGGUCAAGAGUAUGAGCUUGCGACCCAUGCUGUCAAGGUCAAGAGGAGCGGGACUCUUGCAGAUGUCAGAACUUUGUGGGAAUUGGCGGAUACUGGAGCUGUAUCAAACAGUGUAGGUCCUCAUCUUGAUGGGGAUAAGAACAGGAUGCAGCGGAUUUCAUCAGUCGACUCAUUUAAUCAGAGAUCCCACCCCAAUGAGAUGCUUACCGGCCUACGUUACUUCGAGCGGUCCAUCAAAAGUAGUCCCGUCAUUGAUGGUGGUGGUGAUGGGGGGACCAACGCGGGUGGGGCAUCCCCCGUCAAGGCCAAGGAUCACUUCAGUUGGGGGACAGUGGAGAUGCUCUCCCUUGCCAAGUGUCUGCUAGCUCUCUGCCGGGAAGCUCAGAGAGUAUUAGCCAAUGAAUCAAGAUUGAUUAAACUCAGUGCACCAACGUAUAUAUUAGGUGAUCUCCAUGGUAACUACCAUGAUCUGGUUUGUUUUGAGAAGGCUCUGUGGAGGAUGGGGCCUCUACUGACCCCCUGUUCCUUCCUUUUUCUUGGUGACUAUGUAGACAGGGGAGAACAUGGUGUCGAGGUGAGAUAUCUCCUGUUGUAUUGUCAUUAGUCGCGUUAGAGGAGGGGGUAUGUUUUGAGAAGCCUCUUACAGGAUGGGGCCUCUACUGACCCCCUGAUCUUCCAUUCUUCCUUGAUGACUAUGUCCAGACAGGGAACUGCUGAGAGACUAAUUGAAUUAAAAAAUUGAAUUUUGAAAAUCGUAUCUACCAUACACUGUAGCCAGGGAUUUUCACUCAAAUUUCAUACCUGUCACUUGUAAUACUUAUGAUGCUCGAAAUCCAUGCAAAUCAUAGUGAAUUGAACAUUAAAUUUAUUAAAAAAAUUUUUUGGACUAAAAUGGAUCCUUACAUUUUGCAAUUUUAGCAUUGUUUUUGGAGUUGAAUGGAAGUUUGUUGGUAAAUUGUCAAGUGUUUGACGUAUUGUCUGAAGCCCCAGCCCUGUAGUUGCACGUGUGCAUACAUAGCCCAUGGUGCUUGUGUGUUCUCAAAGUUUGUAAUGAGUUUAUCAGAGAUAAGCCUGUCUGCUCAUGAAUGAAUUUGUAUUCAUCAGAGAACUUGUUAUUACGGUGACACGACAUUUGCUCCUGCAAUAAUUACUCCGGGUUUAAUUUCAUCUAAGAUGUAGGGUUGGGGUUGCAAUAGGGUUUUAUGUUUAGGUUUAGGGUAGAGUAUAGUGUUAAACCCAGGGUUGAAGAUGGUCAUUCAAUUAGUGUGUGGAAUUUAGAGCGGAGCAAAUGUCAUGGAAAUGUUAUCACUGCUAAAAAGAGGUUCUAAACAACAGUGAAAAUUCAGGCGAGGUAGAAUAUCCUCUUCAAAAUUCCUUGAUACCGCCAUCUUGCUUGUGAACUGCUCAGUCCAGCAGAAAAUUUGAAGUUUUCUUCCUGUGCUCUAGCAGCCUAGAUAUCUGCUGUAUAUUGCUGUCACAGCCCUUGCUUGAGUGAGUUUGAUUGAAUUUGAGCUUAGCUAGCUGUGGACAUAUGAAGCGAUCUAUGAUGGGACUUCUGUGUAAUAUUUUCCAUGCUGUAUUUUUAUUGAAUUUUUGAUUAAGUUGACUCUCCAAGAAUUUUUGAUAUUCAUGGAAUGUUACUUACAUCAUAUACCAAUUGAAAGCUUAUAAUCAACUAAACACAGCAAUGCAAACUUUAUGCAUUUCUCGCACUUACAAGCCGAGUAUUUUGAUAAAAAAUAGAGCAAUCAUCGAGCUUUGAACAUAGGCUUUCUAUUGCUUUUCACCAGCCUCAAGCCUGUGAUAUCAUGUUGUGUUAGCAGCAUUGCGAUUCCAUAGGUUUGUACACAGAAAAACUGGAUGGUUUCUUUCUUUCAGAUGACACAUUUUAUUUUUGUCAGUUCUAAUACAUAAAGAUAUCAUAAAUAACUUUUCCUGCAAGCUUGAAUUGAUGAAAUUUGUAGCUUUGAACCAGUUUUGACAUAUUUUAGUCGGCGCAACUUUCUAAGUAUAUCUUCAUCCAGAUUAUGUGUAACAGCUUUUCUUUGGCCAAAAAAGAGCCAAAUGUAGAAACGACAAAAACAUGCAGAUAUUUCAUUUUGAUCAAAAUUGAUUAUCCCAUAAAAUAACAAAAAUUAUUUUGUAAAACACAUUUUCGUUUCGUAUCCUCUACAUAAUAACUUUUUAGAAGAUAUACAAUUGUAUAAUAAAGUAGAGUAUUUGGGGUCAUUUAAGGCUUUUAAGUAUUUUGUAAUGUCAGUAUUUCGUGGUCCUCAUCUAGAAACUAUGAAAUUAAUUACAAACUGUUGAUAAAUAUAGAUUAAUGCUAUACCAAAUAGUAACGUUUUUCAUGGAAUUGUGUAAUAGCAAAGAGCCGGCCUCCUGUCCUUUGUAACAAUGGAUAAUGUCUUUCUUGUUACUCAGAUUGUCAAAUGAUAGAAGACACCUAAUCUUCGGUUAGAGAAAUUGAUCCAAAAUUUUACAUUUUCCCUUGAACAAGGGAAAAGCAAUCACUCUUAUCCUCUCCUCUUUCUACCCCUCUUACUCUCAUCCACACACUUUUUCAUUCUUUAGUCAUCCCCUCCUUGUCCACCACCUGGACUGGAAACUUCUUUACUAACAAGAAUAUGAACAAGAUUCAAGGCACGAAAGUAUUUGGAUCCAAUCACCACAGCAACUCUUUUAGUUUUAAUAGU